UACCGUUACCAAUAUGAGGGGAUGAUUUACGGCCAACGGGAAGAAGAAAGGUGCGCAGCGGAUAGACUGAGAGAGAGGGAGGAAUAGAGAGCGUAACCUAAAACCUUCUCAAUGGAGAUGACAACCACCCUUCAAUUUCACAGUCCAAUAGUUGCGAGCUUGAGCUCACAACUUUCCCGCUCAUUCCCUCCUUGUAAUUACAACCAGAAGCAGAAUCCAAUUCCUUUCCAUACGCGGCCUAUCGGAUCUACCGUCACAUCUCGAAAAUCGCUCACAGCUGCUUGUUCGCUUCUCGAUGGAGCCCCUCUUUCCCCAAAUGUUGAUGCUGUUGAACGCUCUCUAGCAGUGAAGAAGAAAGCUAUGGGUGUAUCUUCCCAGCUGAAAGGGACUUCAAUAUUUCUUCUAGGGAUUAACAAUUCUGUAAAGAGCAGUAUGGGGAAACUUCUUGCCGACGUAUUGAGAUAUUAUUACUUCGAUAGUGAUAGUUUGGUCAUUGAAGCUGCUGGUGGUGAAUCUGCUGCAAAAUCUCUCAGGGAGAGUGAUGCGAAGGGAUUUCGUGAGUCUGAGACUGAAGUACUGAAGCAGUUAUCAUCCAUGGGGCGGCUGGUGGUUUGUGCUGGAGAUGGUGCAGUGCAGAGUUCCACUAACUUGGCACUUAUAAGGCACGGAAUUUCGUUAUGGAUUGAUGUGCCUCUGGAUUUGGUAGCCAGAGAAAUGAUCCAAGACCAGGAUCAACAUCCAACAUCAGAUAUUUCUAUUUCUGAGUCCGAAUCUGAGGUGCUAACUCAGCUAAUCACUCAAUACGAAGAAAUGAGAAGUGGAUAUUCAACAGCAGAUGCCACUGUUUCACUCCAAAAGGUGGCUACCCUAGUAGGUUGUGAUGACUUGAAUGCAGUGACAGCAGAGGACGUCACAAUGGAGGUUCUCAAGGAGAUAGAAAGGUUGACUAGGGUAAAAAAGAUGAUGGAAGCUGCUGCAACUCCUUUUUGACCAGCUGACGGGCAAGCCUGCAUCAUCAACUACAGUAACUUCCUUCCAGAUUGUCUCACCUGUAUUUUUUCAUGAACGUGUAUUCCUGACUCUCAACUCUCAAGGGCUGUUUUUGGAUUUUGGUAUGCUUUGGUAUAACUAGUCCUAUCUUAGCAGUCAA